AUUACUACCGUGAUUCGUCUCCGCUGGAGUAGCAGUUAGCCCUGGCCGGCGGCGCCACCAAAUACAGAUCGAGAUCGAGAUCGAGUGAGAAAGAGGAGCGCCUUCAUGGAGCGGGAGCGCCAGAUCCAAGCCCAUGAUGGUCGAACUAUUGCUGCAUUAACUAAGGCUUUGUUCGGUUAAUCCUCCUUCCAAGGGGAUUGGAGAGGAUUGGAGGGGAUUUUGGCUUAUAGGGGAUUCAAUCCACCUCAAUCCCUGCCAAUCCCCUUCAAAUCCACCUCAAACCGAACAAAGCCUAAAAGAGAAAGCUCACCCCACCGACGGGUUGAUGAUUCUGAAGGCAGCAAAAGGAUAAGAUGUUCAUUGUCAGACCUUCCAGAGGACAUCUGGCAUCAUAUACAUUCCCUACUGCCAAUGCAAGAUGCUGCCCGUACCGCGUGUGUUUCUCACUUCUUUCUGCGCUCCUGGAGAUCCCAUCCCAAUCUCACCUUCACGAAUGAAAUGAUGUGCUGUAAAAGAAAUCUAAAAACAGCGGGACCGGAUAUUAUUAGAGACCACAACAACAAAAUUGACCGUGCUCUAAUGAAACACUCAGGCACUGGCGUGAAGAAAUUCAGGCUUGAAUACUUUGUUCCUUGUAAUGCAGAACCAUAUCAUCAUCUCAAUAGUUGGCUUCAGAUUGCUGUUACACCAAUGAUUCAAGAACUCAACCUUGUAGUAUGGCGGAAAGAGGAAAUGUUUGGUUUGCAAAAAAGAAACAAAAAGCCAACGUUUAGCUUCCCAUGCACACUUCUAUCUGACAGGUGCCGAGACUCGAUUCAGAAUAUCCGCCUUGCCAAUUGUGUAUUACGUCCCACGUGUCAACUUGGCUUGCCAAGCUUGAAAACGCUUGAUCUGCAUAAUGUGUAUAUUACAGGGGAUGAGUUAGGGUGCCUUCUCUCCAAUUCCUUCGCUUUGGAACAGUUGAAGCUUGUAUUCUGUCAUGAUAUAAUUCACCUCGAGAUACCUUGCCUGCUGCAGCGUUUCAGUUUCUUGGAGGUGCUUGCAUGCUCGAGCCUUGAAGUGAUUCAGAAUAAAGCUCCAAAUCUCUCCAGAUUUUGGUUUACAGGUAAUCAAGUGCAAAUCUCACUUGGAGAUUCCCUGAACGUGAAGAACCUGAAGUUGGACCAUAGCUGUUCCAUCAGUUAUGCUAUUGACACCCUUCCUUCCGGUGUGCCCAACCUUGAGACACUAACCAUAAAUUCCACUCGUGAGAUAGCCAAUGCACCAAUGGCAUCUAGCAAAUUCCUCCACCUCAAGGUCUUGUGUAUUAAUAUUUUUGGAAGCAAUUUCCACCGGGACUACGAUUAUUUAUCGUUUGUUUCUUUUUUUGAUGCUUCUCCUUCCCUGGAGACUUUUCGCUUAUAUGUAGGUAGGCAGUUCAACUAUGACUCGUUUGAGGGAGAUUCCUCAUCCCUGAGGCGAAUUCCAGAACACCGCCAUGGCAACCUCAAGAGUGUGAAGAUCACCGGUUUCUGCCCCCAAAAGAGCAUGCUUGAGCUAACACGUGAUAUUCUUCAGAAUGCAGCAUCACUUGAGCGCCUUACAUUGGACGCUAGUCCUGUAAAUUACCGGUGUUCUGGUAAUAUACUGGGCAGCAAAUGCUUUCCAAUGCAAACUGCAUAUAUAAGGGAGGCACAUAAAUCAAUCUUGGCUGUGAGAACAUACAUUGAGAGCAAAGUUCCCUCUAAAGUCAAGUUAAAUGUUCUGGAGCCUUGCAGCCGGUGUCACCCUUUGUGAAAAUUUCAGGUGGCAAACCAUUGUAGUUACUCAGGUGGCAAACCAUUGUAGUCACGCUUUAUGAGUCUUUUAGUAUGGCAAAUCUCUAUCAGUUCUAGUUCAUAUUAGUGGUUUUGUCAGUAGAAAACUGUUUCGUCGGUUCUGGAUCCUCUAUGGACGAGACUUCCUACUGCUAUUUCAAAUUAAAUGUGCUGGGCCCUUGCAACCGGUGUCAUGCUCUAUAAAUGUCAAACUAUUGUAGUUACCCA